CGACGAGACGGCAUCACUUCAACAUGCCAUCAUGAAUCGGUCAUUAGUCCUUGGCAAGCCUAUACUAAGGUCCCACUACUUGGGAAUUUGUCGCCGGGCUUGUGCCUCCCGGCAUCGGAGAAAUUUUGCUGAUGUAGCUCCCCAGCACGCCAGGCAAUACGAUGUUGUUGUUAUCGGCGGGGGUCAUGCCGGAUCAGAGGCCAGCGCUGGUGCUGCUCGAUCCGGAGCCAGGACUGCGCUCGUUACUCCAAAGCUCGACAACAUCGGAGUAUGUUCUUGCAAUCCCAGUUUCGGUGGGAUCGGGAAGGGGACAAUGUUGAGGGAAAUCGAUGCACUCGACGGAGUAGCUGGUCGAAUUAUAGACAAGGCAGGUGUGCAGUUUAAAGUAUUGAACCGCAGGAAGGGGCCGGCAGUUUGGGGCCCCCGCGCGCAAAUCGAUCGAAGUCUGUACAAGAAAUAUAUGCGAGAGGAACUGGAAGCGUAUCCAAACCUAUCUAUCGUACCAGGAAGUGUAGCAGAUAUCAUUGUUUCUCAGGACGAUGGUCAAACCUCUGGUAGCAAGAUAACAGGCGUGCGCCUAGAGACAGGAGAGAUCAUUCCCACGAGUCAAGUGGUAAUUACCACUGGCACGUUCCUUGGUGGUGAAAUCCACAUUGGUCUCGAGGCUUACCCUUCAGGUCGCAUGGGCGAAGCUGCAACGUUUGGCUUAAGUAAAUCAUUAAGAGAUGCCGGUUUUCAGCUUGGUAGGUUGAAGACUGGUACGCCCCCUCGCCUGGCUAAAAACACCAUCGAUUUCAGUACCCUAGAGGAACAACCCGGUGACGAUCCGCCCAUGCCUUUCAGCUAUCUUAAUGAUGCGGUUUCUGUCCAGGACCAAUUGUUAUGUUAUGCCACGUACACAAAUGAAGCCUCACAUGACAUCGUUAGAGCCAACCUGGACAAAUCUGUCCAUAUCCGAGAAACUGUGAAAGGUCCUCGGUACUGUCCAUCCUUGGAAUCCAAGAUUAUUCGGUUUUCUAGCAAGGGACAGCAUAUAGUGUGGCUUGAACCCGAAGGUUUUGACAGCGACGUCAUUUAUCCAAACGGCAUCUCCAUGACUAUUCCCGCCGACGCCCAGGAACAGCUUCUACGGACUAUCAAGGGCCUUGAAAACGUGACGAUGUUGCAACCAGGCUACGGUGUUGAGUAUGACUACGUUGAUCCCCGCAGCUUGAAGGCCACACUCGAGACGAAGGCAAUUCGUGGCUUAUACCUGGCUGGUCAGAUCAAUGGGACCACUGGAUACGAAGAGGCUGCCGCACAGGGUAUUAUCGCUGGAAUCAACGCGGGCUUGGCCUCCCAGUCCAAACCUCAGCUUGUGCUAUCUCGAAGCGAUGGUUAUAUUGGUGUCAUGAUCGACGAUUUGAUCACGAAGGGAGUUUCGGAGCCAUACCGAAUGUUUACAUCACGCAGUGAAUAUCGAAUGAGUGCCAGGGCGGACAAUGCGGAUCUCAGACUCACAGCGAAGGGCCGGGCUGCUGGCGUAAUUGGAGACAAGCGGUGGUCAAGCUUUUCUGAUGAAGUAGCUCAGAUGGAAGACCUUAAAUCAACGCUCAUGGCCCAUUCUGCUACCGCCCCGACCUGGAUUAAGGAUGGUUUCAAGGUGGCGAACGACUCCACAAGAAGGUCCGCCUUUGACGUGUUACGUUUGGCAGGCGUCUCUGUUGACGAACUUGCUGCCAAAGUGCCGGAACUCACAAAAUACCCCGCUAGAAUUCGGCGCAGGCUCGAAAUAGAGGCGAUAUACGCGCCAUAUGUUGAACAACAAGCAGCUGCGGCGAAAUUGUUUCAGAAGGACGAAAAUCUAAGAUUGCCACUGGAUCUAGAUUACGAUCUGAUUCACGGGCUCUCUAUGCAUGAGAAGAGUCUGCUGCAAGCUGUAAAACCGGAGUCCGUGGGCCAGGCUCGUCGUAUCGAGGGUGUAACGCCGGCAGGAUGCCUUCGGCUAUUGCGCUAUGUACAAAAUAGAAACCGUGCAGCUGCGAAAAGCAUUGCCUUUGAAGAGAUUGCUGCGAGGAAGAGGGAGUACGCCGGUAGGAUGCCUCCGGCCAUUGCGCUACAUACAGAAUAGAAAUCGUGCAACUGCGAAAAGCGUUGCCUUUGAAGAUAUUUCCGCGAGGAAGAGGGAAUACGCCGGACGUUAAUCAGAGCCGCGGCUCUUGAAGGUUUAGUAGGGUUAUUCUUGGAGGAGAAUAGGGGCGGGGUUGUGUUGUUCAACGCUACUCCAAAGACUGGGUCCAUGAGAUGCAGGUCCAAGAGGAGUGCCCAAUGUAAGAUAAUAAUAGCAGUUUGCC